CUUAUUCUUCUUUUCCAUUCCCAAACCGAAAGGGAAGCCGGAGCAAAGUUUACGAAAAACGUCAAUCGGGAGAUCAGAGUGCAAAUUACUAAACAAAAAAGUGAGGGGAGAUUUCUCCUUGCAAUCACUUCUAUAUUUACAUCGCGGAAAUACAAUAGUUGGUUUUAGAUUAGUAUAACUCUUUAUUAUUGGCAAGUCGAGUUUUUGUGGAAUUCAAAAUGGCGCAGCUUUUACCAAUUAGGUUUCAAGAGCAUCUUCAGCUUCAAAAUGUUGGAAUCAAUGCUGCUAACAUUGGUUUUUCAACACUCACCAUGGAAUCAGACAAAUUUAUUUGUGUGCGAGAAAAAGUUGGAGAACAGGCACAAGUUGUUAUUGUGGACAUGGCUGACCCAAACAAUCCAACACGUCGUCCCAUUUCAGCAGACUCUGCCAUCAUGAAUCCAGCAUCUAAAGUAAUUGCACUUAAAGCUGCCAAGACCCUGCAGAUUUUUAACAUUGAAAUGAAAAGUAAAAUGAAGGCUCACAACCUAACAGAAGAUGUCAUUUUCUGGAAGUGGAUAUCAGUUAACACCAUCGGCCUUGUAACAGAGUUGGCUGUGUAUCACUGGUCAAUGGAAGGGGAUUCAAGUCCUAUUAAAAUGUUUGAUCGUCACCAAUCCUUGGCUGGGUGUCAAAUUAUUAAUUACAAGGUUGAUCAUUCUGGACAGUGGCUGUUGUUAGUAGGUAUUUCUGCUCAACAGAAUCGUGUUGUUGGAGCUAUGCAGCUGUAUUCAGUUGAAAGAAAAGUUAGCCAACCAAUAGAAGGACAUGCUGCUGUUUUUUCUCAGUUCAAAUUAAGUGGAAAUGCGCAACCAUCUAACAUAUUUUGUUUUGCUGUGAGAGGAGCAGCUGCAUCAAAGUUACAUAUUAUUGAAGUAGGAACACCACCCACAGGAAACCAACCCUUUCCAAAAAAGGCUGAAAAUAUUUUCUUUCCACCAGAGGCUGACAAAGAUUUCCCUGUUGCUAUGCAAGCAAGUCAAAAGUAUGGUGUUUUGUAUUUGGUUACGAAGUAUGGCUACAUACAUUUAUAUGAUGUAGAAAGUGCUCAGUGCAUCUAUUCUAACAGAAUUAGUGGUGAUACAAUAUUUGUUACUGCAGCUUACGAGCCUACUGAGGGGAUAAUUGGUGUGAACAGAAAAGGACAGGUUCUAUCUGUUAGUGUGGAUGAGGAUAAAAUGGUUCCAUUCUUGAUCCAAGUCAAACAAAAUGGAGAGCUAGCAAGACGACUUGCUGAACGAUGCAACUUACCUGGUGCAGACAAUCUAUUUGUGCAAGCAUUUAAUGAAAAAUUUGCUGCUGGGCAAUAUCCAGAGGCUGCAAAAAUUGCUGCAAAAGCACCCAAGGGAAUAUUACGAACACCUCAAACAAUUCAAAGAUUCCAACAAUUACCUUCCCAACCAGGACAAACAUCACCUUUGCUUCAAUAUUUUGGAAUAUUACUUGAUCAAGGCCAACUUAACAAGUAUGAAUCAGUAGAACUUUGUCGUCCAGUGCUUAUGCAAAGUCGUAAACAACUAAUGGAGAAAUGGCUGAAGGAAGAUAAGCUUGAUUGCAGUGAAGAACUUGGAGAUCUUGCUAAGCAAUUUGACAACACACUGGCAUUGUCUGUUUACCUGAGGGCAAAUGUACCAAACAAGGUUAUCCUUUGCUUUGCUGAAACCGGCCAAUUUCAAAAGAUCGUUUUAUACGCCAAGAAGGUUGGUUUUGAACCAGACUAUGUGUCUUUGUUGCGCAAUGUUAUGAGAUCAAAUCCAGACUCUGGUGUUCAGUUUGCUGGUAUGUUGAUCCAAGAUGAUGAACCUUUGGCUGAUUUGAGUCAGCUUGUAGAUGUUUUCAUGGAGUUCAAUUUUGUUCCUCAAUGCACAUCAUUUUUGUUGGACGCAUUAAAAAACAACAGACCUGCUGAGGGUCCACUUCAAACUAGACUAUUAGAGAUGAACCUGCUUUCAGCUCCUCAGGUUGCAGAUGCUAUUCUUGGUAAUCAGAUGGUGACGCAUUAUGAUCGUGCUCACAUCGCGCAGUUAUGUGAGCAGGCUGGUUUGUUACAAAGAGCUCUUGAACAUUACAGCGAUAUCUACGACAUCAAACGAGCUAUUGUACACACACACAUGCUUAAUGCAGAGUGGCUUGUCAACUAUUUUGGCACUUUGUCAGUAGAAGAUUCUGUUGAAUGCAUCAAAGCCAUGCUGGAGCACAAUAUCCGUCAAAAUUUACAAAUCUGUGUCCAAAUUGCCUCGAAAUACCAUGAGCAGCUGACAACUACUGCUUUGAUUGAAAUUUUUGAAUCUUUUAAAAGUUUUGAGGGAUUGUUUUAUUUUCUGGGAUCUAUUGUCAACUUUUCCCAAGAAGCAGAUGUACAUUUCAAAUACAUUCAGGCUGCUUGCAAAACUGGACAAAUGAAGGAGGUUGAAAGAAUUUGCAGAGAAAGCAAUUGUUAUGAUCCUGAACGUGUGAAGAACUUCUUAAAGGAAGCCAAGCUUACUGAUCAGUUACCAUUGAUCAUUGUGUGUGACCGAUUUGAAUUUGUUCAUGAUUUGGUUUUGUACCUAUAUAAAAACAAUCUGCAAAAAUAUAUAGAGAUCUAUGUUCAAAAGGUCAACCCAUCUCGAUUGCCCAUUGUUGCAGGAGGAUUAUUGGAUGUUGAUUGUGGUGAAGAUGUCAUCAAAAGUUUGAUAUUAUCAGUAAAAGGACAGUUUUCUACUGAUGAGUUAGUCGCUGAAGCAGAGAAGAGAAACCGAUUGAAACUUUUAUUACCUUGGUUAGAAUCUAGAAUUCACGAAGGCUCUGAAGAACCUGCUACACAUAACGCAUUAGCUAAAAUUUACAUAGAUGCAAACAACAAUCCAGAAAGAUUCUUAAGAGAAAACACAUUCUAUGACAGUCAGGUGGUUGGAAAAUAUUGUGAAAAACGUGAUCCUCACUUGGCAUGUAUAGCGUAUGAAAGAGGACAAUGCGAUAUAGAAUUAAUUAAUGUAUGUAAUGAAAACUCACUGUUCAAGAGUCUGGCUCGUUACUUAGUGCGAAGAAGAAAUCCGGAAUUAUGGGCAGGUGUGUUAGAAGAAGACAACAAAUACAGAAGACAACUGAUCGAUCAGGUUGUUCAAACAGCUUUGUCUGAGACUCAAGACCCAGAAGAUGUAUCAGUUACAGUGAAAGCCUUCAUGACUGCUGAUCUACCAAACGAACUUAUCGAACUCUUAGAAAAGAUUGUUUUAGAAAAUUCAGUGUUCAGUGAUCAUAGGAACUUGCAGAAUUUAUUGAUACUAACUGCAAUAAAGGCUGACAGAACACGAGUUAUGGAGUAUAUCACACGCUUAGACAACUAUGAUGCACCAGAUAUUGCAAGUAUCGCAAUCGGAAGUGAAUUGUACGAAGAAGCCUUUGCCAUUUUCAAGAAGUUUGACGUUAACACAUCAGCUAUUCAAGUCUUGAUUGAAAAUAUUCAAAAUCUCGACAGAGCUUAUGAAUUUGCAGAACGCUGCAAUGAUCCUGCAGUUUGGAGUAUACUAGGAAAGGCUCAGUUAGAUCAGGGUAUGGUUAAAGAAGCUAUUGAUUCCUACACUAAAGCUGAUGACCCAUCUGCGUACAUGGAAGUGGUUGAAACAUCAAAGAAAUCAGGGAACUUUGAAGAGCUUGUUAAAUUCUUACAGAUGGCUCGUAAGAAGGCCAAAGAAACAUUUAUCGAUACGGAGUUGAUUUUUGCCUUCGCUCAUACUGGACGACUUGCAGAGUUAGAAGAAUUCAUCUCCAGUCCUAAUCACGCCAACAUCGUUCAAGUCGGCGAGCGCUGUUACGAUGAGAAGAUGUACGAAGCUGCCAAAAUUUUGUUUAACAAUAUAUCUAACUUCGCUCGACUUGCAUCUACUUUGGUAUUGUUAGGAGAAUAUCAAGCUGCUGUGGAUAGCGCACGCAAAGCAAACAGUACAAGAACGUGGAAAGAGGUCUGUUUCUCCUGUGUUGAUGGAGAAGAAUUCCGUCUCGCGCAAAUGUGUGGUUUAAACAUAGUUGUGCACGCAGACGAGCUAGAAGACUUGAUAAGAUAUUAUGAAAGUCGUGGAUACUUCGAGGAGCUGAUCACUUUGAUGGAAGCUGCAUUAGGAUUGGAACGUGCUCAUAUGGGGAUGUUCACUGAAUUGUCUAUUCUCUACUCAAAAUACAAGCCUUCGAAAAUGAAGGAACACUUGGAACUAUUCUGGUCAAGAGUUAAUAUCCCAAAGGUUCUCAGAGCAUGCGAGCAAGCUCAUUUAUGGUCCGAACUAGUAUUUUUAUACGAUAAAUAUGAAGAAUUCGACAACGCCGUUGUAACAAUGAUGAAAUAUCCAACUGUUGCAUGGAAGGAGGGUUUAUUCAAAGAAGUUAUCACCAAAGUAGCCAACAUAGAACUAUAUUACAAAGCUAUCCAAUUUUAUUUAGACACCAAGCCAUUAUUAAUAAAUGAUUUAUUAGUCGUUCUUACGCCGCGUAUGGAUCACACACGAGCGGUGAAUUUCUUUCAAAAAUCCGGUCAUUUGUCUCUAGUUAAGCAAUAUUUACGUUCUGUUCAAAACCACAAUAACAAAGCUAUCAAUGAAGCUUUGAACUCACUGCUCAUCGACGAAGAAGACUACAAUGGCCUCCGUGCUUCGAUUGAUGCGUUCGAUAACUUUGAUAACAUCGCUUUAGCUCAACAACUUGAAAAACACGAAUUGAUCGAAUUCAGAAGAAUCAGUGGUUACUUGUACAAAGGAAAUAAUCGCUGGAAACAAUCUGUUGAAUUAUGUAAGAAAGAUCAUUUGUACAAGGAUGCAAUGCAAUUCGCUUGCGAAUCACGCGACGCUGCAGUUGCAGAAGAUCUUCUUCAGUGGUUCUUAGAAAUCAACAAAACCGAAUGUUUUGCUGCUACUUUAUUCAUGUGUUACGAUUUACUAAAACCUGACGUGGUGUUGGAGUUAGCUUGGAGACACAACUUAAUCGACUUUGCAAUGCCGUAUAUGAUUCAAGUCAUGAGGGAAUACUUAACUAAAGUCGACAAAUUAGCUGAAUCUAAUGCAAAACGUGACGAAGAGAAGGAAUCUACACCUGAACCUCCAAUCAUGGGAGUGGAAACGCUGAUGAUCGCCGCUGGACCAGCUUAUCCGCCACAGCCAAAUAUGUACGGUAUGCCACCCGGUAUGGCUCCAGGAAUGCCGCCCCAGGGCAUGCCUCCGCAAGGAAUGCCUGGAAUGGCUCCACCACAACCUGGUUUUCCUCAGCAAGGUGGAUUCUAUGGUCAAAUGUAACAAGAAAUAAUUUUGGAAUGUUUUCGUAUGUAUAUUAGAUGAUAAUUUAAUUUUUUUUAUAAUCACUUUUCAAACCAAAAAUGGAAUGUCGCCUAAAAACAUUGACCGGAUGAAAUUUUCGCGAAAUUCCGAUAUCCUUACAUAUACUUUCUUCGUGAAACUGAAUAACAACGUGAUUGGUUGAUUUUCUGCUGAUUUUGCAUAAUUAUUAUACAUCUACUUUCCAUUGGCUGUGGAUAUAAUAUUUGGAAGAGUUUUGUAGCACUGUUUCUUCCUGUUGGCUGUUGGUGGUGAAAAGAACUAAUUAACCGAAUUGAAUGUUCGAAUGAAUAAUGGAACGAAGAGAAAUCAUUGUACUGCUUAUUUGUGUGUAUUGUUCUCCUAGUUAGCUACUUCUAUAUAAUGUAAAUUUUCAAAUUGUUAGUUUUCUGAAUAUAACGGAAUAUGCCUUUAUUUUUUGUUGGUGUGUGUUUGUCCUAGUUCUUAUAACUUUUCAAUAUUAAUUCAUUUAAAAAUAAUUUCGAUAUUUUCUUUGUAAUAAAAAUUGUCCCCUAAUAAAGCAGACUUCGGCGUUUCAUGAACGUAACCUUUUAAUGCAACAGGAAACAGCUUUUACAGUAAAAAUAGUUUUCUUUUUGUGAGUUCAUCAAACAUGGUGUUUUCUUUCGUGAUUAGCUGUGUAUGUCUUGUAGAUCGUGAGUUUUCUUUGUACAAAAAAGAUAUAAUGACAA